UACAUUUAGUUAAAGCGCCUCCUCCGCCUCGGGGACGAGGUAGCUUUAGCUUCUUGUUUUUUUCGUCCGUUUGGUUCCAGUGCAUUACCAGGAACCAAAAAAGAAAAAAACAAGAACAAUAAAAUACAGUAGUACUAAUAAAAAACCGAAAAUAGAGAAGAAACAAAAAAUGUCUCCACCACGUAACAUUCUGUUGUUGGCCGUGGCUUCCUUGUUGGUCGUGUCGGCAAUGGCGGGCGGUCCCCGGAGCGUCACAUAUGAUCGGAAAUCGAUGAUCAUCAACGGGACCAGAGAGCUUCUCUUCUCCGGCUCCAUUCACUACCCCCGUAGCCCGCCGGAGAUGUGGCCGCAGAUCAUAAGGGAUGCUAAAAAGGGAGGUUUGAAUACGAUUCAAACAUACGUGUUCUGGAACAUUCACGAACCAGUGCAAGGGCAGUUCAACUUUGAGGGCAAUAACGACUUGGUGAAGUUCAUAAAGCUGAUCGGAGAAGCGGGUAUGUACGUGACUCUUAGGGUCGGACCUUACCUGGAGGCGGAAUGGAAUUUCGGAGGGUUCCCUUACUGGCUUAGGGAGGUUCCCGGCAUCAUUUUCCGUUCAUAUAAUGAACCUUUCAUGACCCACAUGAAGAGAUACGUCAAAAUGGUCAUCGAUUUGAUGAAAAAGGAAAAACUAUUCGCCCCUCAAGGUGGCCCCAUCAUUUUGGCACAGAUCGAAAAUGAGUACGGCAAUGUGCAACUGGCAUAUAGGGAGAAUGGGAAGAAAUAUAUUAAGUGGGCAGCAGAUUUGGGUGUUGGUCUAUACAAUGAAAUCCCAUGGAUCAUGUGCAAGCAAAAGGAAGCCCCUAAUACAGUGAUCAGCGCAUGUAACGGAAGGCACUGCGCAGAUACAUUCCAGGGCCCUAAUGGCGAUGACAAGCCUUUAUUGUGGACUGAAAACUGGACCGCUCAAUAUAGGGUUUUCGGUGACCCUCCGUCCCAAAGGGCUGCCGAAGAUAUUGCGUUUUCCGUCGCUCGCUUUUUCGCCAUCGGCGGCAGCCUCGUCAACUAUUACAUGUACUAUGGUGGAACAAGUUUUGGUCGAACAACCUCCUCAUUCGUAACCACUAGGUAUUACGAUGAAGCACCCCUUGAUGAAUUUGGUUUGAGGAGAGAGCCAAAAUGGAGCCACCUAAGUGAUGUGCACAGAGCAAUUAGAUUGGCCAAGAAGCCUAUGCUUUGGGGAAACCAGACUGUGGAGAAGGUCGGAGCGGAUAUUGAGAUCGUAGUUUAUGAGCAACCAGAAAUGAAAAUUUGCGCCGCCUUCUUGACCAACAACCACACAAAAAAACCGGCCACCGUUGACUUCAGAGGCGCUAAAUACUAUCUGCCCGAAAAAUCCGUCAGCAUUCUCCCCGAUUGCAAGACUGUCGUUUACAAUACUCAAACGAUAGUUUCGCAACACAAUGCAAGGAACUUCCACGCUUCAAAAGUUGCAACCAAUCUGAAAUGGGAGAUGUACCAAGAAAGCAUCCCAACCGUUGAACACUUGCCAAUCAAGAACCAGGUCCCACGCGAGCUCUACACAUUGGCAAAAGAUACCAGUGAUUACGCUUGGUACAGCACCAGAAUUGAUUUUGAUCGCCGUGAUUUGCCGAUGAGGAGUGACAUCCUUCCAGUCAUCCAGAUUGACAGCCUUGGCCAUGCAUUGCUUGCAUUCGUCAAUGGCAAAUACGUUGGGCACAAGCAUGGAGACUUCGUUGAGAAGAAAUUUUUGUUCAAGAAGCCUGUUGAGUUGAAGCCUGGGCGUAAUGACAUCACAAUAUUGGGCACCACAGUUGGACUCCCGAAUAGCGGAGCCUACAUGGAGAAGAGGUUUGCUGGACCAAGAUCAAUAACAAUCCAAGGUUUGAUGGAUGGGACCCUUGAUAUCACCAUGAACGUCUGGUCCCAUUCGGUAGGUCUUUCGGGAGAAAAGCUCGAGUUAUUCACAGAAGAGGGAGCCAAGAAGGUGACGUGGACUCCAUUGUCGAAGAAAACCGGACCCCUUACUUGGUUGAAGACAUAUUUUGAUGAACCAGAGGGCAAAAACCCAGUAGCCUUGAGAAUGGAGGGAAUGGCAAAGGGCAUGAUUUGGGUGAACGGCAAUAACCUCGGCCGUUACUGGGUCUCUUACCUCUCCCCAAUCGGAAAGCCAACUCAAAUGGAGUAUCACAUCCCAAGAGCAUUCUUGAAAUCCAAAGACAAUUUAUUGGUUAUCUUGGAGGAAACCGGCGGGAACCCAGAAAGCGUAGAGAUCCAGACAGUGGACCGGGACACGAUAUGCAGCAUGGUGCCGGAGUACGCGCCGCCGCACGUGAAAUCCUGGGAGAGAACCGGGAACGAGUUCCGGCCGACGGUCGAAGAUUUGAAAUCCGGCGCACGCCUAACCUGCCCUGACGACAAAAUCAUCAAGAAAAUAGAGUUCGCCAGCUUCGGUAACCCUGACGGCGCGUGCGGAAACUUGUACGCCGGAAACUGCACUUCGCCCAACAGCCUUAAAGUCGUCCAAACGGAGUGCCUGGGAAAACACCGGUGCUGGGUUUCGCUGGAGAGAAAUGCGUUUGACGAGGAAGGCAAGGACCCCUGCCCCGACAUUUACAAGACUCUGGCUAUACAGGCAAGCUGCGGACGGGAUUAAUCAAAUGGCUGGAAAUUAUUGUACACUUAAAUGCAUAUUAAAGUGGUUUGCACUUUUGCCGUUAUUUGUUACCUGUUAUAUGUUGUGUCUCAAACGCUCAUUUAAGGAAACUUUAUAUAUAUCUCAAUUUUUGGUUCA